CCGACCGUUCGUCGAUGAUAGUUGUUGACACGCGGCUUUGAACUUGCCUGUUCUUGGCUGAUGGAUAAACAGUUAGUUACCCAGACCGAUCGAGUUCUUCGGUACCGAGAGGUUCAAUGAAUUCCGAGUCGCUAAUUAAAUAAAAGACUCUCUCCGCGGGUGAAUAUUGAUGACAUUCAUUCGUUUUGUUAAGUGAACUAUGCGUUCGUCGACCAGGUUUUGUGUAGUAUCGUGGUUGCUGGUAGGGGUUGUUUUUGGCAAGUAUUGCGAGGCCACUCUUGCUAAUCAAGUGUCGAAAUUAUUUGGAGCGACGGAUAACCAAUCGCCUCCGCGACAUGACACGCCAACAUCGCCAUGUUAUUGCGAAUGUGGAAUCCGAAACGAAAACAGUAGAAUAGUCGGCGGUAAGCCAACAAUAGAAAAUGAAUUUCCCUGGAUGGCGAGACUGUCUUACUUCAACCGUUUCUAUUGCGGAGGUAUGCUGAUUAAUGACAGAUACGUGCUGACUGCGGCGCAUUGUGUUAAAGGGUAUAUUCUACCAAACCACCUAAACCUCCAUAUAUUGUUUUUUCUUUUAAUUUCCUGCAGAUUUAUGUGGUUUAUGAUAAAAGUGACGGUGGGAGAACACGACAGGUGUACCGAGACCAAACGGCCAGAAUCCAGGUUUGUCCUGAGGGCUGUUGCAGGAGCGUUCAGUUUUCUCAAUUUUGACAACGAUAUUGCUUUGUUAAGACUAAACGAUCGAGUUCCAAUGACCGAACAUAUUAGACCGGUGUGUCUUCCCCAGAAUAAGGAUGAUGAUUACGUGGGAAGGUUGGCUACUGCAGCUGGUUGGGGUACUCUAAGUGAAGACGGUAAAGCGUCUUGUAUCCUAAAUGAAGUUGACGUGCCGGUUAUUAGCAAUGACGACUGCAGGAAAACGAAUUACUCCGCCAAGAUGAUUUCUGAUAACAUGCUGUGUGCCGGGUAUCCAGAAACGGGAAAGAAGGACUCUUGUCAGGGUGAUAGCGGAGGCCCACUGGUGGUAGAAAGAAGCGACAAGCGAUACGAAUUAAUUGGUGUUGUAUCAUGGGGAAACGGUUGCGCCAGACCGGGUUAUCCGGGCGUCUACACUCGAGUCACCCGCUACCUCGACUGGAUCCUGGAAACCUCCAAGGACGGAUGCUUUUGUCAGGGCUAAUCCGGACAUAUUUACUCCUAACCUUAUUGUAUAACUAAUGAUAUUAAUAAUUAAAAUAUUUAAUAGUCAA